GUUGGGGGUACCCUCCGUCGCUCCCCGUUUGGUUUCGGUUUGCCCAAGGCACCCGCCUUGUGGCAAGAGGUCGGCGUUCAGGGCAGCCAUGGGCUGCGGCGCCAGCGCGGCUUCCGAGCAGCCGGCGGCACGUCAAACGGCCGCUGAGCUGCCGUACUGGCCCCUGGAGGCGCCAGACCUCAGCCGGGAGGUUCCGCCGCCACAGCGCCUGGCAAAGCUGCUCGAGAACAGGUCCUACUUGGAGCGCGAGGAGCACGUGCUCAACAGCUUCGUGGUGCGCUGCCGGGAGACCGAUGAAAACACCGACCAGGCCCACGACUUGUUGGACCACUUGGCCCUGGAGUUGGCCUCCGAGCAGCGCAUCGCCUGCGCCGCCUUCGCUCGCUUCGACAAGAACCGGAAUGGGUUCCUGCAGGUUGCGGAGAUCGAGUACAUGUUGGACUAUCUGGGCUUUCCCCACAUGCCGGAGGACGUGACUAGCUUCAUGAGCACCAUCGACCGGGAGGUGACGGAUGGCCAGAUCAGCCUUGAGGAGUUCUUGCAGUGCGUGGGACGCUUCGGGGGCACCUGCAAGCUCUUUGAGAUGCGGCGGAAGCAGAUCCAGGCUCGUGGCACGGACUUGGCCGAGAAGGAGGAGGAAAACAAGGACCACCAGCGGUGCGAGCUGUUGGCGUGCGGCCUUCUGGAAGAUGAACAGGCGAGCUGGCAGCCCCUGGUGAGCAAGGCAGACCUCACGGCCGCCGCCAACAUGGAGCCCUGCCAGCGGGAGGCCAUCCGCCAUGUGCGCCAUUUGGCGCGCAUGAACCACGAGCAGGCCUUGCCCUUGCUUACAGAGCGCUUCACACACAUGGGCUACACCACCUCGGACAUGUGGAUGACGCUCUCCUGGAUCCGGGAGCUGGCACCGGUGAUCAUCCAUGUGGACCUGAAGACCAUCGCGGAGUUCCUCAGGAAGGACACCCACUAUCGGAAUCAGUUCGAGACUGCGAGCUCCGGGGGUUUGCUGGACACCUCCGUGCGCGACAAGUGGGAGCGUUCGCUGUUUGGUGCCGCCUACGAGGGGGCAGAGCCCUUUCACCGGCCGAAGUACGGGGUUCUGAACGUGUGGAACGACCCUCAGGGCAUCUACGGCUGCGAGCAGUACGGGGACUCCUACCUGGUGCUCAAGGAUCUUCGCCUCCGCUGCACGCUGGCGCCACAAGACUCCGGCGGCCUACCCGCGCAGAGGCUAGCUGUGCUCGACUACUGCGCUCAUUCCCUCAUGGAGUACACUGAUGCCGAGUUGCAGGAGAUGGUGGGCCUGGCGCGGCACGGCCGCGAGAAGAUCGGGGACUCCCAAGUUGUGUGCCAAGCCUGGGGCAAGUACAAGGAAGUGCAGAUCCACGGGGAGAUCGACUUGAGCAAGCACGUGGAACGUUUGGUGGUACCCGAGCGCCACUCUGACCACGCUGCGGAAUACGACGAUCUGGCCAAGGCCAAGGGUUGGCAGAUCACCUGGGCAGAGGAGAUGGAGCGGGAGCUGGAGCAAAAAGCUGGGGGCGCCGAGAUGAGUCGGGAGGACUUCGACAACAUGUUGGAGAAGAUUGCCGACCAGGGCGAAGCCAAAGAGGCGAACCUCGAGGCAGUGCCGGAGGCAGCCAAAAUUUCGGCCUAACCAUUUUGGCUGCGCAGAUUGGACUCGCAUCGGUCCAGUGGCAACCUCUGGAUCCCGGCAGUCCUUCGGAGCGCUUCCGCCCAAGGCCCUAAACCAACACCCAAAUGGCUUUUAAAGGGAAGCCAUAAGAAACCAACAACUUGGAAGGGUCUCGAUGUUUGAGACCUGACCAAAUGAGUGCACCCAAAUGGCAAGACCGAUGUCCAGAGCUCCCGAUAUGGAGCUACCAUUUCGCUGGAAGAAUUCUUCACGCUCAACAUGGUUCAAGCA